AUGUCGGUAUUACUGUCCGGGGCUAUCACCUUGACAGCAGGCAAAUUGUAUCCUGCUUACAGGAGUUAUAAAGCCAUUCGAACGAAGGAUGUCGAAGAAUCGCUAGCCGAUAUUUUCAUGUCAUUUGGUCCAUGGACAAAAGGCGCAUCCAUUUUAUACCAAAAGUGGAUUCAUCCUACGCUCUCCAAGCGUGAGCAGGAUAUCGCUCAUGCUUCGCAUCCUGUGGUGCGCACAGCUGAAGCAGCUCUGCGUGGUCAGAGAUCAUCUAGUCCUGGUGAUGAGCAUCGGAAACUUAUUCGAGUGGAGGGAAUCGAAGAAAUCGACGAUGAAGAUGGCGAGCACGACAAAUCACCCACAUGCCGUCCUAAGAAUCGUUCAAGAUCACGUUCCGUGGAAGCCGGAGCGAAUAAAUUCGUUACGAUGUCACGGAGGAGUCAACGUCGUCCGACUCAUUCAUGUCGCACCUCGCAUAAAAUGAGAUUUCCGUGUACCAUUUGA